AACUUACAAUGAGCGACGAAUUCGAUCCCAUGGCCGACUUUUUGGCCCGCGAGCGCGCAGCACUCGGCGAGGAUGCUGACCUGUUCCAGUCAGGCUCCCCAUCUGCGUCGAAAUCGCCUGAGGCAGCCACCAGUGAUCAACUUUCAGUGACACUGUGCCUGCUGCAGAAGAUAUCGUCGCCGCUGCUUUCGAAGCCCAGCCCACCUUCCGCUCCGGCUGCCCCUGCCCCGGCCGCCUCUGUGUCAAACCCGGCUAGCUCUGCCCAGGCCUCGCCAGCAGUCGCCCAGGACUCUGGCUUUUUGCAGGAGUGGCAGGUGAAGCAGAAGGAGGCCGUCGAGGAGCGCGACCGGGUCUCAAACGAGCGCCACGAGGCGAUUGUGAAGGAGGCACGCGAGUCCAUCGACAAGUUUUAUGACGAGUACAACGAGAAGAAGGACAGGGCGAUUCAGGAGAACCGUGCGACGCAGGAGAUUGAGAUUCAGGCAGCCAACUCAGGCAACCUGUGGGAACGCGCCAUGAAGCAGAUUGACCUUGCCACCAAGGCCACCCAGGAUACGCAGAAAUCGAGCGACACGGUCAGGAUGCGCGAGCUGCUGCAGGACCUGAAGCGGGACAAGGAGGCGCCAGGUGUCAAGAGCAAGAAGGUUGAGGCUAGCGCGUAG